AUGUUACAUGAGUUAUUGAAUGCAUACGAUGACUACAAAACGGUUUUAAAAGAUGGAAUCAAUGAAGUACAUACCACAUUGUUUUUCUCAAAGUCACCUGCACCACGGAAACAUUGGAUGGUUAUGCCUGAGACUUGUGUCUUGAUUGCCAACAAGUUUGGUGUGAUCCUCCAUUGCUUGAGCAUUGAAGGUUGUGUAACUUGCUUUCCUUUAUGGAAAGGGCCAGAACAUUUUGAACAACAUAAGAUAAUAACAAUUGCACACGUGUAUGGUAAUCAUUAUGUGAUGGUACAACUAGAAGGAGAGUACCCUAUGCGUUGCAUUGUGGCGUAUUGGCUUCAUCAUAGGGCCCCAUCUGCCGUUGCAUGGCAAAACAUGUAUAUGAAACGUCUAGAAUCUUAUAAACAACUCAACCCCUCAAACGGGACUUUAUUCCAUACCAAAACCAAAUCGUUGAUUCCCAGCCAGGAACUGAGAGCCACCGAUUGA